AUGGCGGACGCAGCAUUGAAGCCCGAGAAGGACUACUCGAAGGAGGCCGACAAGCUGAUUCCCGAGGCUGAGCAGCUUGCAAAGAAAGACCUCCAUGCUGCCAUCGAGAAGCUCGCGGUACUCGAGAAGCAGGCUCGCCAGGCCUCCGACCUCGCCACGACAUCACGCGUCUUGAUUACCAUUGUCACCCUUUGCAAGAAUGCCGGCGAUUGGGGCCUUCUCAACGAUCAGACCCUGGUGCUUUCCAAGAAGCAUGGCCAGCUCAAGCAGGCCAUCACCAAGAUGGUCCAGACCGUCAUGGGCUUUUUGGACGAGACACCAAACAUGGAGACCAAGCUCUCUGUUAUUGAGACUCUCCGCACAGUCACCGAGGGCAAGAUCUUCGUCGAAGUUGAGCGUGCCCGUGUGACUAAGAUCCUCUCCGACAUCAAGAAGCAGCAGGGCGACUUAAGGGCCGCCACCGACACGCUCUGCGAGCUCCAAGUCGAAACCUUCGGGUCUAUGUCCCGACGCGAGAAGGUCGAGUUCAUCCUAGCACAGGUAGCGCUCUGCAUUGAGAUUGGGGACUGGACACAGGCCGGCAUUCUCAGCCGUAAGAUCAGCACCCGUUACUUGGCGCGGAAGCCCAAGAAGACACCCGAGCAGCUCGAGAAAGAGAAGAAGGAGCGCGAGAAGAAGCCCAAGCCAGAGGAGGAGGAGGCUCCGACGGAAGAGGAGGACCUCGAGGAGCUCAAGCUCCAGUAUUACAGCCAGCAGAUCACCCUGGCCAAGCACGACGGCCGGUACCUGGAUGUAUGCAAGCACUAUAGGCAAGUGCUGGACACGGAGACUGUAGAGCAAGACCCGGAGAAGCUGCGCGCGACGCUGCAAAGGAUCAUCUGGUUCGUCAUUCUCGCACCGCAUGACAACGAACAACAUGAUCUCCUGCAUAGAAUCAGCAAAGAGCCUCGGAAUGCCAUGGUUCCCGAGGAUGCUGAGCUUCUGAAGUUGUUUACUGUCCACGAGCUGAUGCGGUGGCCGGAGGUGUCGAAGGUAUUCGGGCCGCACUUGCUCAGCACCGACGUCUUCGACGCCGCUCCUGGGCAGUCGCCCGACGAUAAGGCGUUCGAGAGGUGGCAGGAUCUGCGCAAGCGCGUCAUUGAGCACAACGUGCGCGUGGUGGCGCGCUACUACACGCGCAUCCGUAUGGACCGGCUGACGCAGCUGCUCGAUCUGACGGAAGACGAGACGGAGAAGUAUAUCAGCGAGCUCGUCACGUCGAAGACUAUCUACGCGAAGAUUGACCGACCUGCUCGCAUCGUGAGCUUCGCUAAGCCUCGUGAUGCUGACGACAUCCUCAACGAGUGGAGCUACAACAUGAAGAGCCUGCUCGGUUUGUUAGAGCGCAUCGAUCACUUGAUCACCAAGGAGGAGAUGAUGGCACGUAUCCAGCCUGGUGCUAAAGGGUCCAAGAAAGGCAAGGAGUCUAAGAAGGCUCGCUAA